UUCUACUAAUUCAUAUUAUAAUAGGGAAAGACGAUGUAAGCACUUACUAGCAUUACUGUGACCAUUUGAAGAAAAAGAUAGAAUGAAACAGCAAAGACACUGGAGGACAAAAAUCACUCCUGUUGCUGUUCCUUUAAUCCGCCAUCUUCUUGUUCUACUCUUGAAAACGGGAAUAACAUCCACAAAACGCAAGGUGGCGCUGCUGGCUAAAAAGAGAAAAACAUACUUGCACAAAUGAUGUUGCAGAUUCCAGCAUUAGGAGGAAAUCUGGCCAGACAAGAAAAGCAGAGGAAAGGAAGCCGUGGUAACAGGAGUUGGGGAAAAGUGGGGAUCCCUCCUGAAAAGCAUUGCUAUUAUAAGCUCAUUUCUAAGGAUUCGGUUGCUGCCAUUUUUGAAAGCUGCUGUGGCCGAGUGAAAGUGGUUUUGAAAGACUGAUUAAAGGAAGAAUGGAGGCCAGAGUGGAGCGUGCGGUGCAGAAAAGGCAGGUCCUAUUUCUUUGUGUAUUUCUGGGAGUGUCUUGGGCUGGUGCAGAACCGCUUCGGUAUUUUGUGGCAGAGGAAACCGAGAGAGGCACCUUUCUGGCCAACCUAGCAAAUGACCUGGGUUUGGGGGUGAGGCAACUGUCAGCCAGACGAUCCAGAAUCGUUUCAGAUCAGAACAUACGAUUUUUACUACUCAAUACGCUUACUGGUGAUUUACUUUUAAAUGAGAAAUUAGAUCGAGAGGAACUGUGCGGCCCCACAGAGCCCUGUGUGCUGCCUUUCCAGUUGUUACUGGAAAAGCCUUUUCAGAUAUUCCGUGCAGAACUAUGGGUCAGAGACAUUAAUGAUCAUUCUCCAGUGUUUCUAGAUAGAGAGAUCCCCUUGGAAAUUCUAGAAAACACCACACCUGGGGCGGCAUUUCUCCUAGAAAGUGCACAGGAUUCAGAUGUUGGGAUCAACAACCUGAGAAACUACACCAUCAGCUCCAAUGUCUAUUUCCAUAUUAAUGUACAUCAUAGUGGGGAAGGGAAUAUCUAUCCCGAACUAAUACUGGAUCGAGUGCUGGAUCGAGAAGUGGUGUCUGAGCUCAGUUUAACCCUCACCGCCUUGGAUGGUGGUUCUCCGCCCAGAUCCGGGACCGCUCUGGUACGCAUCCUGGUUUUGGACAUAAAUGAUAACGUCCCUGAAUUUGUACAGUCGCUCUACAAGGUGCAGGUGCCGGAGAACAGCCCCGUUGGCUCCCUGGUUGUUGCCGUGUCAGCUAGAGAUUUAGAUACCGGAAGUAAUGGGGAAAUAGUUUAUGCAUUUUUUUAUGCCACUGAAAGAAUUCUCAAAACGUUUCAAAUCAAUUCAACAUCUGGCAAUCUUCAACUUAAAGCCGAAUUGAACUAUGAGGAAAUACAAACUUAUACAUUAACUAUUCAGGCAAAGGAUGGCGGAGGGCUUUCUGGAAAAUGUACCGUGGCGGUUCACGUAACAGAUAUCAAUGAUAAUCCACCAGAACUGCUCAUGUCAUCACUUACUAGCCCAAUUGCAGAAAACUCUGACAAGACAGUCGUAGCUGUUUUUAGGAUUAGAGACAAAGAUUCAGGGAACAAUGCAAAGAUGACAUGCUCCAUCCAAGAUGAUCUCCCCUUCGUCCUGAAGCCAUCUGUAGAGAAUUUCUACACCUUGGUAACAGAGAACCCGCUGGACAGAGAGAGCCAGGCAGAGUACAACAUCACCAUCACCGUCACUGACUUGGGGACCCCCAGGAUGAAAACCCAGAAAAAUAUAACCGUGCUGGUCUCCGACGUCAACGACAACGCCCCGGCCUUCACCCAAACCUCCUACACCCUGUUCGUCCGCGAGAACAACAGCCCCGCGCUGCACAUAGGCAGCGUCAGCGCCACAGACAGAGACGCGGGCGCCAACGCCCAGGUCACCUACUCGCUGCUGCCGCCACAGGACCCGCACCUGCCCCUGGCCUCCCUGGUGUCCAUCAACGCCGACAACGGGCAGCUGUUCGCCCUGAGGGCGCUGGAUUACGAGGCCCUGCAGGCCUUGGAGUUCCGCGUGGGCGCCACGGACCGCGGCUCCCCUGCGCUGAGCAGCCAGGCGCUGGUGCGCGUGCUGGUGCUGGACGCCAACGACAACUCGCCCUUCGUGCUGUACCCGCUGCAGAACGGCUCUGCGCCCUGCACCGAGCUGGUGCCCAGGGCGGCCGAGCCGGGCUACCUGGUGAGCAAGGUGGUGGCGGUGGACGGAGACUCGGGCCAGAACGCCUGGCUGUCGUACCAGCUGCUCAAGGCCACGGAGCCCGGGCUGUUCGGCGUGUGGGCGCACAACGGCGAGGUGCGCACGGCGCGGCUGCUGAGCGAGCGCGACGCGGCCAAGCACAGGCUGGUGGUGCUGGUCAAGGACAAUGGCGAGCCGCCGCUGUCGGCCAGCGUCACGCUGCACGUGCUGCUGGUGGACGGCUUCUCGCAGCCCUACCUGCCGCUCCCGGAAGCGGCGGCCGACCCGGCCCAGGCCGACCCGCUCACGGUCUACCUGGUCAUCGCGUUGGCGUCGGUGUCGUCGCUCUUCCUGUUCUCGGUGCUGGCGUUCGUCGCGGCGCGGCUGUGCAGGAGGGGCAGGGCCGCCUCGUUGGGUGGCUGCUCGGUGCCCGAGGGCCACUUUCCGGGCCACCUGGUGGAUGUCAGCGGUACUGGGACCCUUUCCCAGAGCUACCAGUAUGAGGUGUGUCUGAAGGGAGGUGCUGGGAGUAAUGAGUUCAAGUUCCUGAAGCCUGUUCUCUCUAAUCUGCAGUCUCAGAGCAUGGGGAGGGACGUGGAAGAAUAUCCUUCAUUUCAGAAUGAUUUGGGUUUCUAAUAAAGAGUGAAAAAUAAAUGCGAAUAUUGUGUCUGUGAAUGCAUUCCUACGAGAUUUAUCCUGAGUUACCUGUAGUUGAGUGCUUUCACGUUGUUUAAAGUAUUCUUAAAGUCACAGGAUAAAUUUAUUUACACAGGAAAUGAUCCAGUUUUAGCCCUAAGACCCCUCCACAGUGCAUGGAAUGUGUUUCUAUUUAUCCCUAAGAAUUAUGAAUUUUGUGCAGUCUAUGACAUGUAAAUCUUGUUUGAGAUGUUGUAAAUUGGUUUUCAUUGUCUCUAAACUUAUUGUUUCUAUUAUCUUCUGAGUUGGUUUCAGUGUUGUAGAAGUAUACCUACCCAAGUUUUAGAAGCACGAAUGGUAGAAUAUCUUUUAAAGCUUUUUAAAAAGUACUUACCAUGCAUCACACAUUAUUUUUAACAGUUUUAAUAUUAGAAGUGAACCUAGGAGGGGAGUUAUUUUGUAAAUGAGCAAAUGGAUGUUUACAAAGGUUCAGUAAGUUCAGUAAGGUCACCAACUAAUAAAUAGCAGAGCUCAGCCUCUCUCUUAGAUCUGUUUGAUGCUGGGACCUUGCUAUGAUGCUAUACUGUUUUCUGUCAUUAGAUAUUACCUGGCAAGUUUCUCCCUAAUUAAGGAAAAGAAAUAUUUUUUCCUGUUCAGUAUAUUCAAUAUUUGGAAAUAAUGUGCAUAAUUUUUGUUGUAUUUUCUUAUCAACCAGUAAUCCAGCUUUUCCAGAUCAAUUAUUCAACUAUUAUUAUUAAAGCUCUGAUCUAACCAAAUAUCAAGUAAAAAAAAAAAGGAAAGAUCAAUCUGUGCUUUCUCCUUGUUAUGUGAACGUAUGACCUUCCUUUCACAGAAAAGAUUAAUGAGCCUGAAUAGAAAUAUUACAUAAUUUUGAUUGCUUCAUUAGUUUAUUAUUUUCCUCACAUCAGAGUACUUUUCUACAGCAGUCCUAAUGUGCUUUUUAGACACGUUUUCCUCCUUUAAUUUGAAAGUUUAUUUUUAAAGUUUCUUAUUCAAUAUACUGCAGUGCUGAA